UCCAGAUAUAAUACACUUCCCUCUUCCUUGUAACCGCUUAAAGAAGAAUGAGACCAUUCAUCAUACAGUGCUGCCACUGAUGUAACAAAAGACUGGCAAUGGGCAGGUGUCACACAGACUGUAUACAGAGACCUCUCUCUCUUGGCUUCCGUCAGCUUGGUAAGCUGGUGGGAAGGUACCCCUGGUGGUUCCUAAUAAUUCCUUUUGUUUUAUCUGCUGGGUUGGGAGCCGGCUUUUACUUUUUACGAGAGAGGGUAGCGAACGACAUAGAGGAUCAGUUCACACCAAUUGGAGGUCCAGCUAAAACAGAACGAGAAUUUGUAAUGAAACAUUUUCCCACCAAUGACUCGGGGCAGUUUUCUGCACAGCGACUAUACACAGAAGGUUCUUUUGUCUCUCUCAUAGCAGUCAGCACGUCUGAUAAUGUCAUAAAUGUUAACACGUUCAAUGAGCUUGUGCAGCUGGAUGAGAUGGUGCAGAACUUCACAGUGAUAGGACUUGCAGCUAAUGCAACGCUCGCAUUUCAGCAAAUAUGUGCAGAGGUCCAGGGACAAAAAUGUAUUACAGCAAAUCCACUCCUAUCUGCAGUAGAAGGUAAUGUGAGUCUGAUAGAGACAAUACCUAUAAGUUACCCCAUGUUUCAAAAUAGAGCGUUCAUAGGAACAUACCUGGGUGGAGUGACACUGAAUUCAGACAGUACUGUGAAGGAAGCCAAAGCAAUCAAAUUAGUAUAUUAUUUGAGAGAAGACAGUCAGCACGACAAAGAAAACAGCCUGCAGUGGAUCAACCACUUUAUCAAAUUCUUUGCAAAGAAUGCCUUACAACUCAAUCACAUCAAGGUAUCUUAUUUCACGUCAGUAUCACGACAGCAGGAAUUUGAUGGCACAACAAAGACUAUAAUUCCAUUGUUUUCUAUUACCUAUUUUGUCACCAUAUUUUUUUCCAUCAUGUCCUGUGUAAGGCUUGAUUCUGUGAGGAACAAAACUUGGGUGGCUGGGUUUGGAGUCAUUUCAUCUGGAUUGGCAGUUCUGUCUAGUUUUGGCCUGCUGUUGCUAUGUGGAGUGCCCUUUGUCAUUACUGUUGCAAAUGCUCCAUUUCUCAUUCUUGGUGUCGGGGUGGACGACAUGUUCAUUAUGAUUUCCAGCUGGCAACAAACUAAAGUAAAAGAUAAAGUUGAAGAAAGAAUGGCGGAAACGUACUCUGAAGCUGCUGUUUCCAUAACAAUCACAACACUCACAGAUGUUCUAGCUUUCUACAUUGGAAUUCUGACCUCUUUCCGGUCAGUGCAGUCAUUCUGUAUAUACACUGGGACGGCCAUCUUGUUCUGUUUCCUGUAUAACGUUACCUGCUUUGGGGCUUUCUUAGCUCUUAAUGGUAGAAGAGAGGAGAAUAACAGGCACUGGUUUAUAUGUAAGAAGUUGACAGAAGAAAAAGAUGACAAUCGUUCAUUAGCUUAUAACAUGUGUUGUGUUGGAGGAGGGUACAGCCAAAUCACUGGCAAAGAGAUUGACCACCCCAUGACUAGUUUUUUUCAUAAGUAUUAUGGCCCAUUCCUCACAAACAUCUGGACCAAGGUGCUUGUUGGAUUUCUAUAUGCGGGAUAUCUGGCCAGCAGUAUUUAUGGGUGUUUUCAGGUUCAGGAAGGGAUUGAUCUAAGAAAUUUAGCUACUGAUAGUUCUUAUGUUCGUUCCUUCUAUGACAAUGAUGAUUUAUAUUUUUCAGAAUAUGGUCCUAGAGUUAUGGUUGUGGUGACUGAGGAGGUUUCAUACUGGGAUUCCGAUGUCCAGAGUAAAAUUGACAGGUGCCUGGAGUCAUUUAUAGAUAACUCCUACGUUAGUGAGUCUUUCUCUGAGUCCUGGUUGAAUGCCUACAGAGUGAUGGCUAACCAGAUGAACUUGAACAUUAGUGACAAGAGCAACUUUAUCGAUCAUUUGUCAAUAUUGUUUAUGGGAUUUCCAGAUUUUAAACAAGACGUGGACAUACAGUCAGGAGCUAUAAGAGCUUCUCGUUUCUUCAUACAGACGGUAAAUGUUACUUCAGCAGUGGAUGAGAGAGACAUGUUAAACCAAGUCAGGGACACAGCAAAGAGCUGUGAGAUCCCGCUUCUUGUAUAUCAUCCAGCAUUUAUAUAUUUUGACCAAUAUGCUGUAAUCAUAGAGAACACCAUACAGAAUGUUGCUGUUGCUGCAGGCGCCAUGCUUGUGAUCUCGCUCCUCCUAAUUCCAAACCCUCUGUGCUCCUUGUGGGUGACAUUCACCAUAGCUUCUAUCAUAGUGGGUGUUACUGGUUUCAUGGCUUAUUGGGAUGUUAACUUAGAUUCCAUCUCCAUGAUCAACCUUGUCAUCUGCAUUGGAUUCUCUGUAGACUUUUCUGCUCACAUUACAUAUGCUUAUGUCUCCAAUCUCAAAACCAAAGUAAAUGAAAGGGUGAUUGAUGCUUUACAUUCUCUGGGUUAUCCUAUAGUACAGGGGGCUGUAUCCACCAUCUUGGGGGUGAUAGCCCUUUCUGCAGCUGAGAGUUACAUCUUCCGAACAUUUUUUAAGAUCAUAUUUCUUGUUAUUGCAUUUGGGAUGAUACAUGGACUGGUUUUCCUUCCUGUUUUUUUAACAUUGUUUGGCAAUUGUAUGACACAUGACAAGUCUACAAAGAUUAAAGCGGAUAGAGAUAAUGAAAGCUCAGACAAUAAUCUAGGGGAAUCACAUUUCGGUUGUUAUGACAACAUAGCAACCACUUUUAAAAAAAAAUCACCAUAUCUUGAUCCUGAAUGCCCUUAACUUUGUACUCCUGAAAUGUAUUUGAAUAUUAAAUAACCAUACAUAUCAUUGAAUUGUUCCUUAAGGCAGACUGCAGGGUCCUCAGAGUCGCAUCAUUUCAUUAAAUACCCUUUAGGCAGUGAGAUACGUGUAAGGGUAUCUUCAUAAAGCUUAAAAUUCAUGCUGUUUUUAGAAGACAUACUAUCCCAAAACCUUUCUGUGUGCUGCAUCCAUUUGUUUCCAAGGGCAAUAUAUGGACGCUCAUAUGGGAGUGGAUUUUUUUCAUGCAGAUUGAAAUAAGGGGUGCCAUGACAUAGGAUUGGUGCAAAAACCAUGCGGAAACCGCAGCUGGGUAGU